AUGUCGAGUUCUUUUGAGAAAUCCGUGAAAGGCGCGACGAAGAUCAAGGCUGCCCCUCCCAAGUCAAAAUACAUCGAGCAUAUCUUGAUAGCUACCCAUUCAGGCGAAGCAGGAGUAGCUGAAGUAUUCCGAGCGUUACAAAAUCGACUUCGCGAUUCGACAUGGACGGUGGUAUUCAAGAGUUUGAUCACAGUUCACUUAAUGAUCAGAGAAGGAUCUCCAGAUGUAACACUGGCAUAUCUUGCGCGUCAUAGGAACAUGCUAGCAAUAAGUAGUUUCACCGAUGUGCAAACCCAGGGACGGAAUAUCCGACAUUAUACAAACUAUUUGACCGAGCGCGCGAGAUCAUUUCGAGAUACCAAAUGCGAUUUUGUACGUGGUGCAGAGGGAAGACUAGAGAAGUUAUCGGUGGAGAAGGGACUGUUGAGAGAAACAGAAUCUGUGCAGCAUCAGAUCACAUCAUUACUGAAAUGCGACGUUUUAGAUAAUGAGCCUGAUAAUGAGAUUACGAUUACAGUAUUUCGGAUGCUAGUAUUGGAUCUUCUGGCGUUGUUCCAUGUCAUAAACCAGGCGAUGAUCAAUAUAUUAGGCCACUUUUUUGAGAUGUCAAAACCCGAUGCAGAACGAGCUAUGGAGAUAUACAGAAACUUCACCCGGCAAACGGAUUUUGUGGUUUCGUACCUUGGUGUCGCACGUCAAUAUGAGCAUCAAACGCGAGUGGAGGUACCAAAGCUCAAGCACGCACCUGUCAAUCUUGGAAAGCAGCUAGAGGAUUACUUGAUGGAUCCAGACUUUGAGGUAAACCGAAGGCAAUAUCUUGCCGAACAGGAGUCUAGUAAGGGUGGAAAGGGUGGAACCAAUGGCUCAAGCAAGCCAUUUGCAGUACCUUCUAAGAGUGAAAGCGAAAGCAGGGCCGCGACUGGUCGUUCUUUUCCUGAUGCAGGGCAAGCUUCUUCAUCGAGCGCCACCACACAACCCCCUAAAGCACCCGCUGCAGAUUUGAUUGACUUCUUCGAUUCCAUUGAAACACCACAGCCAAUUGCCUCCCAAGUAGCGUUGCAGCAGCAACUUCAAUUUAACAAUGACCCUUUUCAAAUGCAACAACAACAGCAACUCCAGCAGAAUGGAUUCAUUCAACAACAACCUGGCUUCCAAGAUCCCGGACAAUUUGCUCAACAGCAAGGCUUCAAUGGCGCCUUCAAUAUGCAGCCACAGGUACCAAUACAGCAGCAACCGCAACCCAUGCAACCCAAUUUUACGGGUGUUGGAUUUGGCGGUUAUACUCCUCAGCAACAAUUUCAGCCAUCGGGUCUCUCACCUAUCCCACAAGAGUCGGCUGUAAACUUCCAGCAACAGGGACAGCAACAGCUGAAUUUACAAACUCCACAACAGACAAAUCCUUUCCGACAAUCGAUGAUGACGAAUACCACGGGAAUGGCUGGACCUUCAUUCCCAGCUUCACCUCCUGUCACAUCACCAGUCACUAGGCAGUCAACAAAUCCUUUUGCCAAGUCAGCAUCACCGCAAUCACAACCUUACACACCACCACCUGACCAGCAAUUUCAGCAACAGCCAAUAGCAGCCCCUCUUAGGUCGAUGCAAACAGGCACAAAUCCUUUUGCCAAAAAUUUAUCCAUUCAAUCAGCUGACCGGCCCCAAACCAGUGGCGCCAGUCUUGCGCCACAGCCUACUGGAAAUACAAACCCAUUCCGUCAGAGUCAAUUUGUCAAUACGGCUACUGGUAUGGGCUGGCAAAACGCCCAGCAACCGAUAGGUGGUGGUUUAGACCAUCUUCCAACGGUUCCCGUAUUUCCUCGGCCCGGGCAACAGCAAGCUUGGCAGCAGUGA